UGUCUAAUUGAUAACAGACAAGCUAAGUUACAUUACUCUGGCCAAGUAACCAUCACUGAACUUUCCGAUGUAGCGACAACACGACAACAGUUACUUUUCUCCCCCCACUCGGGGGCUGACAUCUUUAAUCACAAGAGCGUUCGGUCAGCGCCGUCUAGCGACCGCUGUGCGCCACCACGAAAGUUGACGUCACCUAAACAACAUGGCAGGGGCAAAGUUCGAGUAUGAUGAAUCCGGCUCGACGUUUUACUAUUUCGUGGCGUCGUUCACGGCCCUGAUUCUUCUGCCCAGCACCUACUGGUGGUGGCCGCGAGCAGAGGAACAAGGUGAGUCGAAGGUCGUUGCCGGGGACCCUUCAGGUUGCUCGCGAUAUAAAAUUAGUAAUGACAAAGGGGCGUCGGUCGGCGAGAUCAAGAAGCAGUAUCGAGAGCUGAGCCGCGUCUAUCACCCGGACAACAAGGACACGGGCGACGAGCGAAUGUUCAAGCAGAUCGCGAAGGCGAAGGCGGCGCUGACGGACGAGGAGUCGCGGAAGAACUGGGAGGAGUACGGAAACCCGGACGGACCCGGGGCUAUGACGUUCGGCAUCGCCCUUCCUUCGUGGAUCGUAGAGAAGCAGAACUCCAUCUUUGUGCUGGCCGUCUACGCUCUCGUCUUCAUAGUGGCGCUACCUGUAGUCGUCGGCACCUGGUGGUACCGGACGAUCAAGUACAGUGGGGAGCAGGUGCUGCUGGCGACAACACAGAUGUAUUUCUACUUCUUCCACAAGACUCCACACAUGAUCCAACGCAGGGUGCUCAUGAUCUUGGCGGCAUCGAUGGAAUUUGAGAGGAGCCACAACCCCGAAAUACAGGAACGCGAGAGCGACAAUAUAGCAUUACCUCAGUUGAUCAAGGAUCUUCCGUACCUCGGCGAGAAGAGCAAGGAGCGUCCAUUCUGCUAUCCGUACAGCGUAAAGGCGAGGGCGCUGCUGCAUGCUCACUUGUCACGGCUGGAUCUCCCGCUCGAGACCCUUGAUCAGGAUCAGACUUCUGUAAUAAACAGGAGUUGUCCUGUCACGGGAUUGCAAGAAGCACAGAAGGAUGACAUCAUGACGGUCAUCUUCUCUCCGGCUUCUUCUUUUCCUCUCCCGGGUUUUCCCAUUCUUCUCUAUCUGCCUUCUCCACGCCUUGGGCUUCUCUCCUUGUUCUGGGUNUGGUGGCUGUACGUCGCAGACCGGCGGCACCGCGCGCUCGUCACCGCACCCUACCUAGUCACGAACCUCAUCACAGAGGAGGAGGUGCUGCUGAAAUUCGCCGCGCCGAGCCGGCCGGGCGUGUACACUUACUCCGUGAUAUGCCGCAGCGAUUCGUACGUCGACACAGACAUCUACAAACACAUAAAGCUGGAGGUGAAGGAGGCUAGACAGGUGGAGGACCACCCUCAGUGGGACAUCAGCGACGACGACGACGACGCCAAGGAGGAGGACGUGACGGACGCGUCCGACUACACGACCGAUUCCGACGACUCCGACUAGACGCGCGCCGGCGGCGCCACCUGUCCGCGGGACCGCGAGUUACGCGCGCGCGCGCGGCGUGGGGCG